UUGUUUCUAGCCAUUUGGGUUGGGCUGCCUGUAGAUAUUAGAAACUAGCAAUCGGCUCAUGAAAAUGAAAACAAACCACCGCCAGUACUGAGCGCAAGACACUGAUCAUAAACCCUAAAAAAACCCUAUACUACUACCGGUUUAUCGAAUUAUAUUUUAUUUAUUCUUUAUCAUAACAUAAAUAUAAAUAUAUAUAAAUAUAUAAGGCAGGAUGUACUUACAAAGGCCCUAAUACUAGCAGUAGAAGAAGAAGAAGAAGAAGAAGAAAGAAGAGCAAGGAAAAUGCCUCUAGGGGAAAGGGCAGGAUGGGAAAAGAGCGAAUCUCGAUACUGUGGAGUGGAAACCGAGUUUGACGAGAACAUGCCGCAGCUUCUCUCUUUCAAUCUUUCCACUGGCGGUUUCGAUUUCGUUCUUGCUCCUCUGAUGAAUCCCACUUAUAGACCGAGCUUGAUGGAAAAAGAUGAUGGUGGUGGAAUCCAUGUUCUGCCAUUUUCUGGGUCAGACUUAGUUUUGAGCCCCUCCCAAUGGAGCAGUCAUGUUGUGGGAAAAAUUAGUUCAUGGAUUGACUUGGACUCAGAAGAUGAAACUGUUCGGAUGGAUUCUGAAACUACUCUGAAGCAAGAAAUAGCAUGGGCUAAUCAUCUUUCCUUACAGGCAUGCCUUCUUCCUUGUCCUAAGGGUGCAUCCUGUGCUAAUUAUGCAAGGUGUGUAAAUCAGAUUUUACAGGGGUUGAACAAUAUGCAGUUGUGGCUUAGGAUUCCUUUGUUGAAGGCCGAAGAGGAUUCUACAGAUGUGAACUCUACUAAUUUGAUUGAUUCCUGGGAACAAUGGAAUUCAUUUCGCAUGCUUUGUGAACACCACAGUCAGUUAGCUGUUGCACUUGAUGUUUUGAGUUCUUUACCAUCGACGAACUCACUUGGCCUUUGGUUUGGAGAAUCUGUUAGAGCAGCCAUUUUAAAUACUGAUGCUUUUCUAACAAAUGCACGGGGUUAUCCUUGCCUCUCGAAGCGGCACCAGAAGCUCAUUACUGGGUUCUUCAAUCAUUCAAUACAGAUUGUUAUCUCUGGAAAAUCUGUACAUACUAUCCCAAGGGCAAGCUCAGAUUUAGCUGCCAAUAAUUUGGAUAAUAACACUGAAACUGUGCAGAGACAUCCUUUGAGGCCAUACUUAGACUAUGUCGGUUACCUUUUCCAAAGGAUGGAUCCCCUUCCUGAACAAGAGCGAUUUGAGCUUGGAUACAGGGAUUUUCUACAGUCUCCGUUGCAACCACUAAUGGAUAAUCUUGAGGCACAAACCUAUGAGACAUUUGAGAAAGAUUCAGUGAAAUACAUCCAGUAUCAAAGGGCAAUCUGUAAAGCUCUGCUGGAUAGGGUCCCUGAUGAAGCAAGUGUUACCACUGUACUGAUGGUAGUAGGAGCAGGACGGGGACCUCUUGUUAGGGCAUCAUUGCAGGCAGCUGAAGAAACAGGGCGGAAGGUGAAAGUCUAUGCAGUGGAGAAAAAUCCAAAUGCAGUGGUUACACUUCAUAGUUUGGUUAAGCUGGAGGGUUGGGAAGGCAUUGUUACCAUAAUUUCUUGUGAUAUGCGUUACUGGAAUGCUCCUGAGAAAGCUGAUAUUUUGAUUAGUGAGUUGCUUGGUUCAUUUGGCGACAAUGAGCUGUCACCGGAGUGCCUUGAUGGUGCCCAAAGGUUUUUGAAGCAAGAUGGAAUCUCAAUACCAUCAUCGUACACAAGUUUCAUCCAGCCUGUGACAGCUUCAAAAUUGUAUAAUGAUGUUAAAUCACAUAAGGAUCUUGUGCACUUUGAGACUGCAUAUGUUGUCAAAUUGCACAAUGUAGCAAGGCUUGCUCCUUCUCAACCUGUCUUUACAUUUACUCAUCCAAAUUACAAUACUAAGAAAAGCAAUCAACGCUACAGAAAGCUGCAGUUUGAGAUAGCAAAUGACAUUGGCUCAGCCAUGGUGCAUGGAUUUGCUGGCUAUUUUGAUGCAAAGCUAUACAAAGAUGUACAUCUUGGUAUUGAACCAUCAACAGCAACACCAAAUAUGUUCAGCUGGUUUGCAAUAUUUUUCCCUCUAAGGACACCGAUGUGCGUGCAGCCUGGUUCUCCUUUAGAAGUACAUUUUUGGCGUUGUUGUGGUCCUUUAAAGGUCUGGUAUGAGUGGUGUGUGACAUCCCCCAGCUCAUCAGCUGUCCACAACAGCAAUGGACGAUCGUAUUGGGUCGGUCUGUAGUCUUUCCUCAAUUCUUCGCAUGUAUCUGUCUUUAGCCUAACGAGUCGUUUGCAGCAACACCAAGCGUAGGGGGGAAAAAAGGUUUUAGGUGUUUGACCUGUGUCUUGAGUUGAGAGGAAGUAGAACAUCGCAGACAAUUAUGCUGCCUUUACAGGCUUCAAGAUGUGUUGGGUUCUUACAGUCGAGGUUAUGUACAAGUUAUGGCAUUGAAUUGUACCGGAAGAUGAAAAUGUUCAAAUUGUCUUCUUAGCAUCCAAAUAGCAUGCAGUACAUAAGUUUCAGAAGAGAAUUCAAAGUGGUUGUAGUCGAUUGUUUGAGAAUCGAUCCAAAUUUUGUUGCCAUACAGCUUCAAAAUGAAGACAUGCAAAAGAUAUACAGCAGGUAUCGGUCGCUUGAAAAUUUUCAAAUACCCCCCUCCCCAAUUCUCUCAUUCUCCCACCCAUCUCCACUGCUAAAUGUCUGAAUCUCCAUUUCUGCCUUGCGCAUACAAAAUUCGUAUUGAAUGUUUGAUUUUUUUUUUU